AUGUCCAAGCGUGGAAGCGCAUCCCAGCCGCAGCAUGAUAAGGGCAGGCCCUCGUCGCCGAUUACGCGGAUCUCAUCUCCACCGGCUGGGCCGGAAACCUCUCACGCCCACUCCCAUUCGCACGAUGGCCACAAUCAUGACGGUCACUCGCACUCCAUCUUCCACUCUCACUCUCACGACCACUCUGAAGGGGCUGAACAGCUUAUCAGCGCGAUAAGUUCGGGCAAGCUGGACAGAGGGACGAGGAUUACACUGCUGGGUCUGGCCAGCAAUGUGGCAUUGACAGCGGGUAAAGGGGUAGCCGGGCUGGCGAUGAACUCGGCGAGUCUGCUAGCUGAAGCGGGGCAUAGCUUGAGUGAUCUCCUCGGGGACUUUGUCACUCUGGCUACCUGGAGGAUAUCUAGGCGCCCCCCUUCGGAAACGUUUCCAUGGGGGUACAGUAAAUUUGAAACGUUUGGCACGCUGAGCGUGAGCGUCAUCCUGGUGGGCGGAGCGGUCGGCAUUGGGCUGCAUUCAUACCACCUACUCCUCCAGACCCUUCUGCCCUUUAUCGAGUCCAUGCCCCCAUCAUCCUCCCUCCACACUCUGGCUCAUUACCUACCCCAAGGCGUACCGUCACCCCUUCUGGAGAUGUUCCACUCCCACGGUCCAUCUGCCAUACCUCAUGAUCAUGAUCAUGUCGGUACGGCCAUUGCGCAUACGUACGACGCUCCCGCGGCGGUUCUCAAUCCUCACGCCGCCUGGAUCGCUCUCGCUUCGGUCAUUGUCAAGGAGUGGCUAUACCGGGUGACCAACAGGGUCGCCAAGGCGGAGCACAGCCCGGUGCUAAAGGCGAAUGCUCUACAUCAUCGAGCGGAUGCUUUGACCUCAGGCGUAGCACUCGCCUCGAUACUGGGCUCGUCGCUGGGCGGAUGGACAUUCCUCGAUCCCGUUGGCGGGCUCGCAGUCUCCCUGGUCAUCCUUCAGCAAGGCUUGUCGCUUUCCAAGGUGGCGCUCUACGAGCUGGUGGACGCUGGUAUGGACAAGGGGACCAAGCAGAAGAUUGAGGAUAUCGUGCGCGAAGCGGUCGACGGCGUGGAGUUGCUCGGCGUGAGGGAUGUCAGGGGUGUCAAAUCUGGAGGCCAGCUACAUCUCGACCUCACCAUUUCGGUCAAGCCAGAGAUGACAGUCCGAGACUCGCACGCUAUCGAGCAGAGGGUGCGGGAUCUGAUCAAGAGCAAGCGGAGGGAUGUGCUGGAGGUGCAGAUCCACGUGCAUGGAGAGGAGGAGGCGCUGGGGGAGUCAGGCCCAUGCCAGUAG